GAAGGGUUUAAGCCUUUGUCCUCCCAAAAAUCUCUGCGCGGCUUCCUCUCUCUCUUCUUCCAGUUUUGACUUCCUAGUAAAAAUCGGAAAUUAGAGAGCUCGGAAUCAGAAUCAGAAUCAGGGAGUUUUCAAAACCCUAAAAAAAAAAAGCGUAGUGCCGUGAUCAUGGCGACUCCAGCUGAUUCUAGGGCUGUCAAGUCGCUCAACAACUCUGAGGGAACGAAUAAAUUUAAGUACAAGAGUCCCGGUGAGAAAAUGGAAGACACUAAAACACAAGUCGUCAAUGUCUUCAAGACCUUGGAGAAGGUCAAGGCUGAGCCUUCAGAGGGUUCCACCUUUCUCAAGGAUCGCCUCGUAGAAUUAAGGGAACUGGAUAUAGCAGAAUAUUUUAUUUCAUUCUAUGAAAAGAUGCUGCCUUUUGUUCAAACUCUUCCGUUGGUUAUCUCUCAGAAAGAAAUAAUCUUCUCAACGCUUGUCUCUGAAUUACACAUGAAAGCAAGAUUCUCUCUGGACGCCUUUCUCCGGUUGAUUGAUGCUUUAUCCAGAGAUCUCUUGGACAGCUUUAUUCCCUUCCUUCCUCGGCUUGUUAACUCCUUAGUGACACUCCUGAAAAAUGGUGCUCAGAAAGAGCCAGAGAUUGUUAAGCAGAUAUUCGUAUCUUGGUCGAACAUAGUAAAGAACCUGCAGAAGUAUCUCAUAUGCGACAUCGAAGGUGUUCUCAGGGAUACACUGGAGCUGAGGUACUACCCACAAGAAUCUAUCAACGAAUUGAUGUCACGUUCGAUGGCACUUUUGUUGAGGACUGCACGGGAUGAGCAACGCGAGAUAGGGAUCAAGAGGAUCCUUUCUGAACUUGCUGACCCACUGAAAAAAUGUGGAGGAGCUAUUCUACUAUAUCAUGUUAUGAUGAGGGAUGCUUCUGGGAAAAGUCUCCAUUCCAAAGCUGGGAAAGCUUUGAGUUUCUUGCUGAAAGAUUCAACAUUGUCCUCUUCUGUUGAUUCUCCUCAGGGUUCUGGUAAUACAGUAGAAGCUGUGAGUUCAGCUUUGCAAAGAAUAUGCGAGGCAACUAAAGCAGAAGAAUUAACCGUUAUGUGGGACUGCUUGUAUAAAGAAACAAAGAGAUCAAUCAAAAACAAAAACUCAGCUCAUUUGACCCGACUCUUGACACUGCUUACUUCAGCUGUUAGGGUUAGGAAAGGUCUCAAAGUUUAUGAUUACCGAUAUUUGGUUGGACUUGUGAGCCAGAUUGUCUCAACUUUUAUGGAUUCCUCUGAUAUUCUCGGUAAAUCUUUGGGACUGAUGUUAUGCACCCUUGACAUACCCAGUGAUGUCAAUGAGCUGGAAUCCAUUGCUUCACAAUGGACCCCCAUUUUUUCCUUGAAGACUUCAAGUUUGCUGAGCUUCUUGCGGGGAUUGCUAGAGAAGAAGGAUAAAUUAAUAGUGCAAGCCUUUACCAGUAAUAUAUUAAGUUCGAUCAACAAUAUGAUUACGGGGUCUUCGGAGGAGGUUAUUCCUCUCUUACUAUUAUUGUGUGAGAAGCAGCAAGCAAGCCACGACAAGGUGGAUAACGUAUAUGGAUCAUUUGAGAGUAUUCAGGAGUUCUUAGAAGACAAGAUUAAGAAGAUUCAAACGAAUAUGGAGAAUACAGGACUAGCUCAUACUGAUGAGUCUGAGUUGGCUAUUGUUUGGGGAGCUGUCAAUUGUUUUCCCUAUUUCAAAGUGGAUUCAUCACUACUGAUUCGCUUCAAGAAUACUCUGAAACACAAGUUGGCAGCCUCAGUUGUGAACGCUUCUAGUUCUCAGGAACUGAUGUGGCAGAGCUUACUUGGUGCUACUUUGAGGUCAUGUCUCAAAAUCAGUUCUACUGGAAGACUCAUCCACAGUGAUGUAGAGGAAGCUUUGUCUCUUGCUAAAUGUUACAAGUCAUGUGUACAAGUUCUGUCUCCUGUGGCCGAUUAUUUGGAUUUUGUGUAUAGACCUCUAUUAGCUAACGAUGGUAACUCUAAGCCAUGUACAGAACUCCAAGCAAAAAAUGCUGAAGAUGCCUUUGACAUAUUUUCUGAAAAUUUACGUCACCCCCAUAAAGACGUCCGUGUUAUGACUUUAAGGAUCUUAUGCCAUUUUGAACCUUUGUCUCCUGACCCUUGUGUUGAAGAGCAUCGUCCAAUGAAGAAGAAGCUGAAAAUUGAAGUGGUUCAAAAGUCUUCCUCUGAAACGAAUGUUCUUCAGUUAUUGAAAAUAGUUGAAGAGCGUCAUCACCCAUUAUCCACUGGAAAUGAAUUGGCAACAAUACAAAAUGAUCUCUCUGCUGGCAGGAUACAUGAUGCAUAUGUGCCGCUUGUAUUCAAUGGAAUGAUAGGUCUUUUUCAUAGAAACAAGGAAUCUACUGAAAUAUGGGAACCAGCAUCUAAGUGUCUUGCUCUUCUUAUGACGAAGCAAACGGGAGCAGUGUGGAAUGAUUUUGUUCAUUAUUUGGGCCAGUGCCAACUAAAACUUGAAGCACUCCACAGCCAUGAUGAGAAUGAAAACUACAGCAUUUCACAGAAGCAUAGUGGUCUGAUGGAGAGGUUUAAUUCAUUUCUCUUCCAGCCGUAUAAUGGUACACCUACUGCAGAUGUAGCAUCUCUGUUGCUAAAGACCUUACAGAAAGUUCCCAAUGUUGCUCAGUCUCAUGCCUCUGAUAUUCUCCCUCUGCUAUUGAAAUUUAUGGGGUACAACACUGAAAAUCCUAUGAGGGUCGGAUUAUAUGACGGUGGGGUUUGUAAAGGAGAGAAGUGGAAGGGGCUGCUUAAACAGUGGUUGACUUUGCUGAAGCUGAUGAAGAACCCGAGGUCGUCACGUUUUAGUCAAUUUGUAAACGACGUUUUGCAGUACAGGUUCUUGGAUGAUAAUGAUGCUGAAAUACAAAUGAGUGUCCUAGAGUGCCUUGUGUUGUGGAAUGACUAUUUACUCCCACACCGCCAUCGUUUGGAGAAUCUGAUUAAACGUAAAAAACUGAAAGAAGAGCUCACGGCCUUCUCCAAGGACAUUGAAGAAGCUCACAGAUCUCAUUUUGUUUCUCUUGUAAUUAGAAUACUUACUCCAAAAGUUAGGAGUUUGAAGGACUCAGCGUCGCGUAAGGGUACAAGUAUCCGUAACAGAGAGGCAGUUCUUCGCCUUAUUUCUCGGCUGGAUGUUAAUAAAAUUUCCCUGUUCUUUGCAUUGUUGAUGAAGCCUUUGAACAUCAUAUCAGAUGAAGCAACGGACUUGUUUUGGAGCUCAGGCAAAAGCUCUCUGGAUUAUUUCCAAAAGUCCAAGUUCACGAAAUAUAUUAACGUAGAUGCUCUUUCUACCUUAUCCUGGAAGAUGAGAUCUGGUUUUCUUCAUGUCAUCCAACACAUACUCGAAGUCUUUGAUGUAUUCCGUGUCCGACCAUUUCUAGGCUUUCUUAUGGGAUGUGUUGUCCGCCUAUUGGCAAACAACGCUCCAACUAUCAAUGAAGAAAGUAAUAUUGAUACAGAGAUUGUCUCAACAAAUCACGACCAGGCUGGCACUUCUUUAAAUCAGUUUAAAAAGUUGAGAUCCUUAUGUCUGAGGAUUAUUGCUCAUGUUCUUAAAAAGUACGAGGAUUGUGAACUUGGCUCUGAGUUCUGGGACCUAUUCUUUUCAGCGGUGAAUCCGUUGAUCAAGAGUUUUAAGCAGGAGGGUUCUAGCAGUAAGAAACCAAGCUCACUGUUCACAUGCUUCCUGUCAAUGAGUAAAUGCCCCAAUCUCGUCACCUUCUUAUGUCGGGAAGAGUCUCUUGUUCCAGACAUUUUCUCAGUUCUAACAGUCACCACAGCUUCAAACCAUAUAAAGUCCUCUGCCUUGAGUUUCAUAAAGAAUCUGCUGAGCCUUGAGAAAGACGAUGUCUUAAAUCCAUACAUAGACGCACUGAUUAACAACUUACAUUCUCUUUUCCGUGGAGAUAUUUUGAGAAGGAAAUCAUUCAAGUAUCAUGGAGAAGGAGAGAUUAAGAUUGUUAAACUGUUGUCGAAGCAUAUCAGAGAUGAAUCUCAUGUUAUGAAGUAUUUGGACAUCUUUCUGUCUUUCUUGGUUAAACGUGUGAAAUUGUCUGCAGAUAUUCAUCGUGAGGCUUUACUAGCCAUUCAAGACAUCACAUCGUUGCUUGGGAGUGAGAGUACUAACAAAAUCAUAGAUACAGUCUCUCAUCUGCUUGUUGACGCUAAACCUAAUGUCCGAUUAUGCAUUUGUAACCUUCUUGAGUCUCUUGCAAAAGUCGACGUUUCUCUAGAUCGAGUGGCGAAAUGCAUCAGCGAUAUGAAUGCAACCUCACCCAUGGAAGUUGAUGACCUUGACUAUGAAACAAUAAUGGACGCUUAUGCGAAGAUUGAUGUGGAUUUCUUUAACGAAUCCUCGGAGCAGCACAUGAUGAUCAUUAUCUCACAGAGUCUAUACAACAUAGCAUCAAAAGAAGUUACCUUAAGGGAUUGCGCAUGUAACCUCUUAUGCACUUUUAUUGAAUUUUCAGCCUCUAUACUUGACCAAGAGGCCUCAGCUCACUCUGACAUUGGUAAAGAGGUUUCAAAAUCUGUUGCAAGCUGGACAGGCGAUCGCGUGUUGUGGAUUAUGAAUAAGUUUAUUCUGAAACACAUUGGCGAUGCAGUAAACAAAGGAAUCUCAAGUGGAAAGGGGGAGAUUCUUUUGAUACGCAAAAUGGUGAUGAGCCUUCCAGAUUCCGGGAAUCUUGCUGCCUUCAGACCUUUGUGCUCUGAAAACGAUGACCUUGAUUUCUUUAAAAACGUCUUUAACAUUCAGGCACACCGUAGAGCAAAUGCAGUUAAACGUUUUGCCAAAGAGAUCAAAGAUAGCAUUGAUCUGCCUGAGGGAGUUGUGAGAAAACUCUUGGUCUCAAUCUUUUUCAACAUGUUGCUUGAUGGACAAGAAAGAAAAGCUCAAGAUAGAAAAGGUGGAGUUAAAAAGGGUCAAAAUAGUAAAGAUGAAAAUGUCUUUGGUGCAUGCGUAGAAGCCCUUGCAUCCCUGUCUGCUCAUAUGAGUUGGAACACGUACGACGCUCUACUGGAUCGGUGUUUCCAUGAGAUGAAGAAGUCUACGGACAAGAGCAAGCGUCUGUUGAAUCUCGUCUGCUUGAUUUUGGACAAGUUUCAUUUUGCAAAAGGUAGUGGUUACGCACAGGAGGGUCACGAGGUUUGCCUUGAGAAAACCUUGUACCCGAAGAUACUGGAGCUGUUGGAUUCUGAGUCUGAUGGCCUUAAUGUCAACGCCUAUGUAGCUGCUGUGAAGGUUCUAAAGCUACUUCCCAAAGAGAUAAUGGACUCAAAAAUAGAUUCUUUAGUCUCUAAACUUUCCAAUCUUUUGAGGAGCCCGAUGGAUAGCACACGUGAGAAUGCCAGAAAGGCUCUGGCUACUUGUCUGAAGGAGCUUGGCCUGGAGAAUUACUUGCAACUUGUCGUUAAGAAACUAGAAGGAGCUGAGGUGCAUGUCCUGGGGUACACUGUCCACUACAUGUUAUCGAAGUGCCUGCCCAGUCCUACGGGGUGGAAGUUGGAUCAUUGUUUGGAAGAUCUUCUUAAUGUGGUGGAAGCCAAUAUCCGUGGAGAUGUUGAUGAACAGAAAGAGGAUAAGAAAGAUUCAGUGAUGAGGAGGAGGAAGAAGAAGAAAAUAGAAAACAGAAAAAGCAGGUCAGUUGACACUCUGAGAUUGAUUGCUGAAAAUGUAACAUUCAGAAGCCAUGCAUCCAAGUUACUUUCUCUGGUUACUAGGCAGCGGCGGCAGGGGCCUAUGACUUCAAAGUUAAAAUCAACACUUGAGGAUAUGUUAAAGCAUAUUGCAACUGGUUUUGAAGGCAAUCCUUCUGUUGAUCAAGGAGAUCUUUUCUGUUUUAUAUAUCACCGUGUUGACGACAACGAGAGUGGCCUUAGAGGUCCAGUGUCUUCUCAGCCAUCCAAAAAGAAAAGGAAACUGAGACAUAUUGAAAACACUUGUGGUACAAAGUCAUGUCCACAUCUCAUUACCGUGUUUGCUCUGGACUUAUUGCGCAAUAGACUGAAGAGAAUCCAACCUAACAGUACUAACGAAGAGCUGGUGUCCAAGUUGGAUCCGUUUGUCAAACUACUUGUUGGUUGUUUGAGCUCUGUGUAUGAAGACGUUAUAUCUUCAUCUAUUAGAUGUUUCACUGCAUUGUUAAGGCUUCAACUGCCUUCCUUCAAGUCUGAAGCAGGUGAAGUGAAAACCAAAGUGUUAGCCAUUGCCCAGUCUGCAGUGAGUUCCGGUAGUCCUCUUGUGCAGUCAUGCCUUAGGCUGUUAACAGCUCUUGUCAGCAAUGACAACUUCAAAUUAUCAUCUGAGGAGUUGAAAAUGUUGAUUCAGUUCCCUAUGUUUUCUGAUCUGGAAUCGGAUUCCUCUGUUGCUUCUCUUUCACUUCUCAAGGCCAUUGUGAAAAAGAAGCUUAAAGUUCCGAAGAUAUAUGAUAUUGCCGACCAGGUUUCAAGGUUGAUGAUAACACAUCAGGAUGAAUCAAUCCGCAAUAUAUGUGGAACAAUACUGGUAGAGUUUUUGGUCAAUUAUGCACUUUCUGAGAAACGCCUAGAAGGACGUUUUCACUUUCUGUGGAAAAAUCUGAGCUAUGAACAUCCAACUGGAAGAGAAGCAGUUCUUGACGUUCUUCAAAAGCUUAUCGAUAGAUUCCCAAACCAUAAUCCCGGAAAGCAGUCAAGAUCUUCUCUAGGCCACCAGUCAGUUCUUGACCAGCAGUCUCAAAUCUUGUUUGUUGAGCUUGCUUGUCGUUUGGAAACAGAAAAUGACAAAAAAUUGCUGGCCAAGAUAAGUGAUGUGAUCAAACUUCUCAUAGGUUGCAUGAGUAAUUAUAAUUCCAAUCUUGAGCUCUGUAUCGGUUGGUAUAAGCAGGAGAACUCACGGGUUAAAGCAGCAAAGGUAUUGAAAUUAUUCAUUGAAGUCAAUAAAAAGUUUGAGUGCAGGACAGUGUUGCAAGAGGCUGAAACGAUUUUGGAGGCUGCUGUGAAGUUGCAAAACACUGUUGAGGAAGGCAGUAUUCCCUUAUGGAAGGACGCAUACUACUCUCUGGCUAUGAUAGAGAAGAUGCUCGAGCACGAUCCUGACUUAUGUUUUCAAGAAUAUUUUAAGGGUGUUUGGAUAAUGGUGUUUGAGUUGUUGUUGCACCGACAUGAGUGGUUGCAAACUAUAACAUGCCGGCUCCUGAACUAUUAUUUCAAGAAACUAACCGAGUCUACAGAAGCUGGCUCCCUUCUUGGUAAGCCAAGUAGCCUUUUCAUGGUAGCUGCUUCUCUUUGCUUCCAGUUAAACCUAAAGGUGGACCGCAACACAUUCGUCAACAAGAACAGUGAUGCAAGUGCAAAAGAAGACAAGAAAAAAAAUGGUGCCACUGAAGAAGAUUAUCUCACAGAGAAUCUUGUUUUCGCAGUCACUGGUCUUCAUUCAAUGAUUGGACAAACAGAUGAUGAGUACUGGUCAAGUCUUGACAAUGACGAGCAAGCGAAGUUCCUAGAAGCCUUUCUAGUAUUUGAUUCAGGGAAAGUAAGGUCUACUUUUCUGGGCCUUACUAGUUCAGGCAACAUGGAAGGCCAAGAUGAUGUUAGAAACGUAUUGGUCGGAAGCUUGCUCAAAAGAAUGGGGAAGCUUGCGUUUGAUGUGGACUCUCAUCAGAUGAGGAUAGUGUUCAACGUCUAUAAAGAGUUUGCCUCAAACUUGAAUCAAGAAGAGUGUCGCCUAUACGCCUUCAGGAUUCUGCUUCCGUUGUACAAAGUUUGCCAAGGGUUUACAGGGAAAGUCAUCACAGAUGAGUUGAAACAGCUAGCUGAAGAAGUGAGAGACUGUGUUAGGGACAAGGGUCUAGGCGUUCAGAUGUUUGUGCAAGUCUACAGCGAAAUAAAAAAGAGUUUGGAAGUGAAAAGGGAGAAGAGGAGGCGAGAAGAGAAGAUCAUGUCCGUGGUGAACCCUGAGAGAAACGCAAAGAGGAAACUGAAGUUAGCUUCGAAGAACAAGGCUAACAAGAAGAGGAGGAUCAUGAGGUGUAAAAUGGAUAGAUGGUCACGCUCUUGAGCUCCCAUAACCAUAUUUAAGCCAUCACUAGUUUAUUAUUGCUCCAAAAAGAAAAGUUUUUAAUUAUAUAAGUUAUCAUCAGAUAACAUCAAAGAUCAUUACACUAGAUGUAGUGUUUUCUCAACCAUUUGUGAUUCUUUUUCAGUUUUAUCAGUUUGAAUUUCAACUUA